AUGCCUGGGCGUUGGUCUGUUGGGCAAUACGUGGCCCUGUGCUUCUUCAGCAUUUCCUCCAUGAUGCUCGGAGCAUCCAUGACACACAACUACUACAAGCCCGACUUGACCAUUCCGGCCGAGCCCGUCAAGCCCAACAGCGUGCUGAAGAAGCGAACCGUGGCCAUUGUGCCGCCACGUGGCGCACGCGACGACGACGAGUCAUCAAACCAUUGA